GGCUGUUAAGACCAUCUCCAACGCGGGAUGUUCAGAGGUUCUUCCGUAGGCCCGAAGGUCUAUUUUGAAAUUUUGAAAAAAUUUGGGUUUAUUAUUCUGGAUGUACCGUCUCUUGUAGAGGAGAUCGAAGACCCCCUCUCAAGGGAGGAUCGUCAGUGACGUGGAGAGUUGUGGUUGGUUGAAUUUUUGGAGGAAAGAGUUUUAUUUUUUUCGGCGACAUUUCCUUUCUUUCACAGUCGGUUCACCGGCGAAAUUCUUUGCUGCUGAUUUUCUUUACCUAUACUACUGAUUUUCCAUCAAUACCCAAAAACUCUAUCGCUCUCGUUUUAUCUGGUUUCCGAGAGCUAAAGAGAAAAGGGUUUUCUUUUUUUCUUCUUUGGGUUUAAAGACUCAAAUGACAACGAACAUCGGGAUAAUGGAUCAUGCUUACUUCGUCGGAAGAAACGAGCUCCUUAUUUGGAUCAACGAUCGCCUUCAGCUCAAUCUCUCUCUCACGUCGAAGAGUUUAGUGGAAAAAGCCUUUGAGGAGAGUAAACAAAAUUUGCUAGAGAAGGAACCUCUUGUAUAUCUGUCCUUGGCUCUCGCCAAGUCAGGCAUGGCUGUUCCUGCAUCAACGAUCUUGAGGAAGCUUGCUGAGACAGAAGAGUAUCCUCAUGUGAGUGCUUGGUCAGCAGUGUUGGUGCAUAUGUCUCUUGCGGGAUCAGAAAGUUAUCUAUCUGCUGAGUUGGUUCUUGAGAUUGGUUACUCUUUUCUGAAUAACAGAGUUGAUCCACGGAAGAAGAGCAACGCACCUUUGCUCGCAUAUUAAUUAUGUUUUAUGUAAGACAAGUAGCAUCCAUUGUUGUUAAGAGCUCUCUCUUUAUAAUCUUUGGUUUGGUGUGAAUCAUUUGUAUUUGACUGUUGCUGUACAUCAAUCGUAAUUAUUUGCUUUCA